ACUCGGGCUCAUCCCUGGGAGAGCAAAACACAACACAGCCCGGCAAGAGCGAGCAGCAGCCCAGCCCAGCCCCGAGGAAGGCGCACCAUGAAGGGAUCCGGCACCGGGCAGCUCUGGCUGGGGCCUCUGCUCCUCGCCUCGCUGCUGGUGGCUGUCAGCUGUGACUUCUGUGAAGUGAACCAUUGUAAGAAUGGAGGGACUUGCAUCACCGGCAUCGACGAAGCGCCUUUUCUUUGCAUCUGUGCAGAAGGCUUCACGGGGAUAAAUUGCAAUGAGACUGAGAAAGGUCCCUGCUACCCGAACCCCUGCAAGAACAGCGGUGUGUGUCAGCUAGUUCCCAACAGGGGCGACGUCUUUACCGAAUAUGUCUGCCAGUGCACCUCGGGAUAUGAAGGCAAACACUGCGAAAAUAACAUGAACGAAUGCGCGUCACAGCCCUGUAAGAACGGAGGGAGCUGCGUGGAUCUGAGCGGCGACUAUACCUGCAAAUGUGCUUCGCCCUACCUGGGGAAGACCUGCCAUAUCCGCUGUGCAAAUGCCCUGGGCCUGGAGACGGGCGCCGUUGCAGACACCCAGCUCACAGCCUCUUCCGUGCAUUAUGGGUUCCUUGGUCUGCAGCGCUGGGGUCCUGAGCUCGCCCGCCUCAACAACAAGGGGAUUGUGAAUGCCUGGACCUCCAGCAACUAUGACAGGAACCCUUGGAUCCAGGCAAACCUGCUGAGAAAAAUGCGGCUCUCUGGUGUAUCCAUGCAAGGGGCACGGCGUGUCGGCAAGGCGGAGUAUGUCCGGGCUUACAAAGUGGCCUACAGCCUCGAUGGGCGCGAGUUCGUGUUCUGCCAGGAUGAGGAGCAAGGUCACGAUAAGGUUUUUUCGGGCAACAUGGACAACGACGGCAUGGUGACCAAUUUCUUUGAUCUUCCAAUCACAGCACAGUACAUCCGCAUCUACCCUGUGAUCUGCCGUAGAGCCUGCACUCUGCGCUUUGAGCUGAUUGGCUGUGAAAUGAAUGUGUAUUUCAACAUGGCAGGUUGCUCGGAGCCGCUGGGCAUGAAAUCCCACCUCAUCGCUGACCAGCAGAUCACAGCUUCCAGUGUGUACAAGACGUGGGGCAUUGAUGCGUUCACUUGGCAUCCACACUAUGCCCGCCUGGACAGGACGGGCAAGAGCAAUGCCUGGUCAGCCCUCAACAACAAGGAGGAUGAAUGGCUUCAGAUCGAUCUCCAGGAUCACAAAAAGGUGGCCGGGAUUGUCACCCAAGGAGCGCGUGACUUUGGGCACAUUCAGUACGUGGCGGCUUACAAAGUGGCCUACAGUGACGAUGGGAAAUCCUGGACACUUUACAAGGACAGCCGGACCAAUAAUACCAAGGUAUUUGAAGGCAACCACGACAAUUACUCGCACAAGAAGAACGUGUUUGACGUGCCCUUCUAUGCCCGGUUUGUGCGCAUCUUGCCCGAAUCCUGGCACAACCGUAUCACAUUGCGCGUGGAGCUUCUGGGCUGCGAUGAGUAGGUCCUGCUGGUGUGGAGACCAUGGAGCGGAGAACUGGACUGGUUUACCCCCACUUCGACCUUUUCCCAUGGACCCACGGCGCUUGCUGUUCCGGCAUCCUCUUUCUGUCUCGUCCCAAGGCUGUUAUAAGGAUCCCAUGCCCUGUGCAUGUCGGGCGUUGUGGCCACCACGUUGCUCGACUUCUAGAGACAGAGCCAGCAGCCAUGUGAAAAGAAGGACCUCGCUACAUUCUCACCUGGUCUUCCCUCCCAUCCCUCCCUCUCACCUUUGUUUUCAGAGAAUAUGCAACAGCCUGGCCACCCUAUUUGCAUCACCACGCCUUGGUCCCCUUGAUUUCUCGUGGCUCCUGAGCACUGCACUUUAAGAACCACUUUGUGUGGUGGGGGUCUUGCUUUUGUGGGCCCUGCUCCAUCUGCCAAGUUUGGGUUUCCCUUCGGCCAUGACCACACAUACUGCAGACUUAAGCUAGUUUUCAGUCCCUUUCCUUGGGGAGCCCUGGGAGCUGUAGUUCAGCGGAGGCUAGAGCUCUCUUAACAAACUGCUCGUCUCCCUCCUUGAACUACGAUUCCCAAGAUUCUUUGCAGGAAGCAAUUAAACUGGUGGAAAACGGAUGCACAUUUUGUAAUCUAGGUGUGGUGUAGGUCAUAGACGGAGCUGUGUAUAUUCUCUCUUUUUAUUUUUUUUUAAA